UUCCUGCCGGAGGCUGGAAAGCAGCCGUGUUCCUGCUGCACUAACAUGCGCCCCGCGGCCCGUGCGAUUCUCCGGACUUCCGGGGGGUCCCUACAUGGACCCCUUGGCCUCUCCUAGCAGGGAUCGCCCCCAUUUCCAGUUCCCCAGCGGGCUGCUGCGCCCCACUCGCCGAGGAGCUGCGCUCACCGCAGGGGCGGGCCCCCGCCUGCGCUCGCGGCGCCAGCAGAAGACUGAUCUUUGAAAAUAUGUAUUUGGAGGAUAGUCACGUUGUAUUGAAUACCUUGUGCUGGUGCUGCCAUCGAAAAAUCUGGUUACAUUCCGGGGAGGCCUGCUACCACUGCAGGACUGAACCGCGUCGGCCCUGAGAUGAGCAUCGCGCCUGAGCAGGCACACCAUGAAUAGAUACACAAUGAUCAAGCAGCUUGGGGAUGGAACCUAUGGUUCCGUCCUGCUGGGAAGGAGCAUUGAGUCUGGGGAACUGAUUGCUAUUAAAAAGAUGAAAAGAAAGUUUUAUUCCUGGGAGGAAUGCAUGAACCUUCGGGAAGUUAAGUCUUUAAAGAAGCUCAACCAUGCCAAUGUAGUAAAAUUAAAAGAAGUUAUCAGGGAAAAUGAUCAUCUUUAUUUUAUCUUCGAGUACAUGAAGGAAAACCUUUACCAGCUCAUUAAAGAAAGAAAUAAAUUGUUUCCAGAGUCUGCUAUAAGGAAUAUCAUGUAUCAAAUAUUGCAAGGACUGGCAUUUAUUCACAAACACGGCUUCUUCCAUCGGGACUUAAAACCUGAGAACCUCCUCUGCAUGGGACCAGAACUUGUGAAAAUUGCAGACUUUGGAUUAGCCCGAGAAAUCCGAUCUAGACCUCCAUAUACAGACUAUGUAUCUACCAGAUGGUACAGGGCUCCAGAAGUCCUCCUGAGGUCUACUAACUACAGCUCCCCCAUUGACAUCUGGGCCGUGGGCUGCAUCAUGGCUGAAGUGUACACUCUAAGGCCACUCUUCCCCGGAGCCAGUGAAAUUGACACCAUAUUCAAAAUUUGCCAAGUGCUGGGGACACCGAAAAAGACCGACUGGCCUGAGGGCUACCAACUUUCAAGUGCUAUGAACUUCCGCUGGCCACAAUGUGUCCCCAAUAAUUUAAAGACUCUGAUUCCAAAUGCUAGCAGCGAAGCAAUUCAGCUCAUGAGAGACAUGCUCCAGUGGGAUCCCAAGAAACGACCAACUGCUAGUCAGGCGCUUCGAUAUCCUUACUUUCAGGUUGGACACCCACUGGGCAGCACCGCACAGGGCCUUCAGGAUUCGGGAAAACCACAGAAAGACGUCCUGGAAAAGGCAGGCCUAGCUCCCCACAUAAAGCCGGUCCCUCCUGCCCAACCCCCAACCAAACCACACACACGGGUUUCCUCACGACAGCACCAAGCCAGCCAGCUCCCCCAGCAUCUCGUGUACCCCUACAAAGCAGAAGCCUCCAGGACAGAUCACCUGAGCCACCUUCAGGAGGACAAGCCAAGCCCAUUGCUUUUCCCGUCUCUCCUCACCAAGAAUCCUCAGUCGAAAAUCCUAGCUGGCCUGGAGCACAAGAAUGGUGAGAUCAAGCCAAAGAGUAGGAGAAGGUGGGGUCUUGUUUCUAGGUCAACAAGGGAUUCUGAUGAUUGGGCUGAGUUGGAUGACUUGGAUUUCAGCCCAUCUCUCACCAGGAUUGACCUGAAAAACAAGAAAAGACAGAGCGACGAAACUCUCUGCAGAUUUGAGAGUAUUUUGGACCUGAAGCCCUCCGAGCAUGUGGGUACAGGAAAUAGUGCACCUACCCAGACUUCACAUCAGAGGCGAGACACGCCAACCCUGAGGUCCGCGGCCAAGCAGCACUACUUAAAGCACUCUCGAUACUUGCCUGGAAUAAAUAUACGAAAUGGCAUACUCCCAAAUCCAGGCAAAGAUUUUCUUCCAUCUAAUCCAUGGUCUAGUUCUGGUUUGUCUGGAAAAUCUUCAGGGACAGUAUCAGUAAUCAGCAAAAUAAAUUCAGUUGGCUCUGGCUCUACAAGUUCUAGUGGACUGACCGGAAACUAUAUCCCUUCCUUUCUGAAAAAAGAAGUUGGUUCUGCUGUGCAGAGGGUACACUUGGCACCUAUUCCAGAUCCUACCCCUGGUUAUUCUUCCCUGAAGACUGUGAGACCUCAUCCUGGGCGACCUUUCUUCCACACCCAGCCUAGAAGCACUCCUGGGUUGGUGCCCCGGCCCCCAGCUGCCCAGCCAGCGCACGGAAGGACGGACUGGGCUUCCAAGUACGCCUCCCGGCGAUGACUGCUGUGAGGCCCUUAAGCAGGACACUUUCCCUCGGCUGAUACUGGUGUUCUACCUGCAAGAAACAUGAAGAUGGUGUAAAAACACACAGUUUAUAGUUAUCUUCUGAACUAAGACAUUUCAAUAUUCUUUUUUAAAGUUUUUUUAAAAUAUUGAUUUGAAUGCAAUACCCUUUUUUGUACAAAAUUAUUUUAUUCUAAAACUGGGUCCCAUUAUUUUCUUAAACAGCAGCAUUUUGUAUAUAUGGAUUAUGUUUUAGCAUUUUAUACUGUCAACUUUAUAACAAACUUUUUAAAGAUUAAUUGAUUUUCCUUUGGAGUUCCAGAUACUAUUUUAUACAGAUUUAAAAAAUGUAAUGAAAUUGAUGCAGUAUUGCAACAAGGGUGCAAUUUAGGGUUGUGUGAUAAAGGGUUAUUUACUCAAUGUGCGUGGAUAUUUGUGAAGGGGUUAAAUUGUGAAUGUAGCACAUUCGAUAUGUCAGGCUUACUUAGCACUACAAAAGUGUUCUCCUGUUUUUCUCAAUAUCAUGUCAUUGGUUUGAUUUUUUGAUGCCACUGUGCUGUUCUAAAGGUUCUAGCUAUUAUGUAAUUUGCUUUGGGUUUUUGGGUUUUUUUUCCACCCCAAUGAAGGAACUCUUAAGUAAAUACUUUUUGAAAUUUUGACACUUUAAGAUGGUUAGAGAUAGCCAAAUGAAACCAAGAUUAAUCGUACUAUGCCAUCACAUUCUAUGUUCUUCCAUUUUUUAAAUCAAAUUGUAGAAGAACACACAAAAGGAAAGCUUUUCAAGUUAAAAGCUUCUCAACAUAAAGGUUAACACAGUCAAACCCCUGUCCCUGCCAGGACGCAUGACCAAAAAGCUAAGUUUUAUGAUGAUAACUGAUAGAAUUUUGCACUCAGUUCAAUUGAAUUUUGCAUUCAGUCCUGGUUAGGAGCAGAUAACAAACACACUUCUGCCCUAGCCAAAUUCUCAGGGCAAUCUGGGGAGCAGAAAAGAUCUGUGGCAGACGUUCCACUUCUCCGGAAAGUCACAGUUACCAUGAGGCUAGUUCCAGAGCACGCCACAUUUGAACUCAACCCUUUUGUAGUUUAAACAGUGAGAAGAACUCUGUUUACUGGGCAGAGGUUGUUCCAUUGAGAGGAAAGUUUACAGCAAUUUCUAAAACGACAAAGCCAGUUUGGAGACAGGAAAAGUCAAAAGGUCGACUAUCAUCCAUCUCUGUGGAGCCCAUUUGCCUCUGCUCAUGGUACUUCAAGGCAAGAGGAAAGAUUACCGCCAGCGAACGCAAUAUAAUUUCAACAGUGUAUUGACUCACAUUCUGCCAGGCCUCAAACUACUACUCUCUUUUGGGCCACCAGGUUCCAGGAUACAGCAACUUGAACCAUCUCAUGUUAUCAUUUAUAUGGGUUUCAAAAUGGUUGAAUAUUGGCACUUUCAUAUGGUUCAACCUAAUAAGUUGGUAAAUUAUUGCUUUGGUGUAUUAAUAAUGUAUCACGGUCUGAAUGAAUUAGCAUCACUUCCCAAGGGCCCCAACCUAAAUUAAGGGAAUAAUUUAUGCUUUGAAGAAUCUGGCUCAAAAAUAUACUUGACCAAUCAGCUGUGAUCUCUGGCUGGUGGCGUGAGAAAAGCACAUAAUGGAUGUAGAUUUGAUUAGUAAUAAUUUCUUGUUUACAAACUGGCGGCAUAGCUUCAGAAAAUAAAUACAUAUAUGCAAGCACAACUUGAAGCUGAAUUCAUUUCUGUAUUAUAUUCUCAACUUGUUACCUAAAGCAACAGAAAAUGUGUUUUCAGAGAUGAGCCGUUUACUAUGAGGUUAAUAUUUAUUUUCCCUUUUGUAUUAUGUAUAAAAAGUAAGUUUAUCUGAAACCUUACUUGGCUUCCUAGAAGGCCAGUUUUAAAUCUUAAAUACCCCCUUGAGAAGCAAAGGGAAUGUGAAUACCAUAUUCUUGGCACUCUAGCUGAUGUGGCAGUCCCCACAACUUUUUGAAUUGAAAAACCUAGUUACCUGGUUAUACACACUAUAAAAUUGUUUUUCUAAUACUUUUGUAGAGCCCAACUUCAUAAAAUAUGUUACUUUGUUCCUCUUUUUCUUUGUUUCCCAGAAAAUGUCUUCUGUUGGAAAGCCAAAAAAAAAAAAAAAUCUAAAGCUCAAUGACCUAGCAAAAUCUUGUAAAGUACCCUUUUCCCCCCACAAAUGGAUAAAGGGCCGAGAGUAUAUAUAUCAGCUGUGUGCUACCCAAGGGAAUAGUGACCACUUUCUGCUAACUGAAAAUAAAAUGCUGUGUGCUGCGUAUAAUUUUACUGACUAUAGAAUUACAUUUAUUUUGUAAUGCAAAAUAACAGGAAUGAUGAGUUUAACUGCACCUGUCUAUGACUAUACCUCAUUCACAGUCAGAUAGCUUUCCAGGACAUCAGGAAAUGGUACGGGCUUGGCUCUCAUUUUGUGCCCACAGGUUUUGUGAUAGUGGUGUGCCGAGGGUGGCAUGCCUCACGUAGAGCAAGCUCAGCAGGGAAAGCUACAUCAGCAUAAAAGCUAUUUUCAUUUUACAACACAUGUUCAUUUUACGGUGAAAUCCCAUUAGGUACCAAGCCCUUGCUCACUCAUACCUAAUAGGAUUUUUACAUCAGAAGGAAUUUGGUUUUCAAAUAAUUUUGUAGGCACAUGUCUUGCCCAAAGCUACACUAUGUUAGCAAGAGUGAAUACAAUUAAGGCAACAUGUAAAACAAAACAAUAAUUGUUUUUAAGUGUAAACACAGGUGAGGUUGGAAUUAAUGUGCACCAUGUUUUCUCAAUAGUCACAUUUCCCUACCAUUUAAGCCAUUGCUUUGUGCCAUUAAGGUGAAGAAAGGAAAAAAAAAAAAUGAAUGCAGGCUGUUUGUUACAGCUCAGUGUAUGACCAAAAGCAAUAUGGGUAUAAGAAAAUGUUUUACAUGCUAAUACUUUAUAUCAUUUAAAGCAUACUGUAGCAACUUGUUUGUUUAAUCUAUGUUGUUAACUUUUAGAAUGAUUUUUUUUACAAUUUCCAACCAAAUGUACUGUAUUUUAUAUAAUUUAUUGUGAGGACCUUCUUAUGGAAACCAUUGAGAAGACAAACUGGAGGCAAAUAUCAGAUUAAUCUGUAUUUUCAGUUUCUUACAGAUACUGUGCUAAUAUGAAAUUAAAAGGACCUGAAAAAAAUCUUCUGAUAUCAGAUAUUAUAGUACAGAUUGCAGUUUAGGCACCUGAUUUGAUUACAAGGGUGUAACAGAACAUAUUUAUUUAUAAGGCAAAUAUUCAUAAUAAUGAGAAGAUAAGAGGACAGAAAACCACUCAAGCAAGACCCUCCAGGGAAAAAAAUGUUGCUUUUUGAAUAUUGUGUCCUAAGGUGUUUAAAAACAUGAAUUGACUUUAUGUAAGGAAAAUUCUCCUGCCCCAAAUAAAGUAACAGUUUCAGAAAA